UCUAAGUUAUGGCUACUGUAUUUAGAAACAGAAGUACCAUUCUCAGCCAGUUAAUUAUCUUCUUAGUGGUAAUUGCCAUGUUAGUGGAAACAAAAUCCAUUCGUGUUAAACGUUGGAUAAAAUGUGCGUCUUCAUUGUCUUCAAUGACAAUUGUACCUUCAUGCCCAUAUGACGAAAACACAUAUAUCAAAAGAGCUCGGUUGAAAAACUGCUCAGCGGUAAAAGCUUGUUGGGAUGAACGUUGUGUGUAUCACUGUGCACUAAAUCCAUGGGGAAAUGCAACAAUAGAAGUAUGUGCACCAGAAACACAUCUAACAGGUUCUUAUUGCAUUCAAUACAAUCCAGGGGUAGGGCGUAUUUUCAAACUGUACAGCCGCCCUUGCAAAGAGUGUCCCUUUAACUAUAACUCUACCACAUCGUAUAAAUAUCAAUCCUGCUACAAAGACAUAGGGGACCAAGAGACUUCCAAAAGUGAUGAAAAUUCGGAUCCUCACGCUAUUUCUAAUUCACUUUUUGUAAAUAGGAAUUCAAAUUUGAAUUCAACAAUCAAUACUGUCAACAAUGUGUCCCAUGAGUUAAAAACUUCGUUAUCAUCUAGCUUUUCAACAAUCACCCAUGCACCACAGUCCUAUUCACUUCACACGAAACAAAGGGUUUCUAAUGACGAUGAUGUAAAUUAUGGAUUUCUCGGAGGAGCUUUAGCAUUAUUUGUUACCUGUAGCAUCUUUGUGCUUCUGAUUAUAUUUUGUAAAGAAAAACUAUCCUCCCAAAUAAAACAGCUGAAGCAGUGUUUAGCAGAUCAAAAUGAAUUAGAAGAUAACAAAGACAUAAAAGAGGAAGAAAAAGAACAGGUCGUCAAAUACCAGUUCGAUAAGACGGGGAAGAGAACGUCAUAAAAUCGGGAAAAAGAUCUAGAUAUUCAAGAAAAAGAAAUGAGGAAUAAGUAUAGAAGAGACAAAAAUGGACAAUGAGGAUCCCUGCUAUAAUGAUUUGACUGAAAAAAAAACAUGUGUGAAAACUAUUACAUUUAUGCAGAUCUAAUAUACAUGUAAGACUCUGAAUUCCAAAAUUGACAAAGUAUAUUUUGCAAAUGACACGGGAAGAACGAAACGAACAAAGAGGAGAAAGAAAUAUUGAUACACUUUAAAAAAAAUCCCGUAUA